AUGCUGGCCCUGGCUCACCCUCUCUCAUCCCUGCUAUGCCCCUGCAGCGGCCCCGGUCCAGCUGCGAGCUCUGGUCUUUUCCUCCGUCCACUACCCACCUCUCCCCUGCCUGUCAUUCCCGUCAAACCCUCUCGACUUCUCCAGGGACACACACACACACACACGCAACCAAUGCCGCAAUUCCAGGGAGAAACAUUCCUGUGGCCUACGCAACACCAAGAGCUUGACUGCUUUCAGAUGACGCUGGCGCCGUUUCGACUCCAUCGCCGUUUGCAGACAUCCUCACUGGCUUUUAUUCCAUCCGCCCGAAGCCGUGUCUCUGACUAUCCUCUAGCGCCUCUUCUACCGUCCGCUUCUUUGAUGUCCUCGUCGGCUUUCGUUGUCAACUCAUACGCCAUCCGCACUUUCCCAUCAGAUUGA